GGUUUGGUUCCACGGUUAUAGCUGAGUUGUUUAGUUUGUGGAUCCAGUUUCAACCAUGGAGAAAGCUAAAACUCACAUUAACAUGGUGAUUAUCGGCCAUGUGGACAGUGGUAAGUCGACCACCACCGGACACCUCAUCUACAAAUGUGGUGGAGUUGACCAGAGACGACUGGAGAAGUUUGAGAAAGUUGCAGAAGAGAUGGGGAAAGGCUCCUUCAAGUUCGCCUGGAUUUUUGACAAGCUGAAAGCUGAGCGUGAACGUGGAAUCAGCAUCGACGUCUCCAUGCAGAAGUUUGACACACAGAAAUACACCAUCACUAUAAUUGAUGCCCCAGGCCACCGCGACUUUAUUAAAAACAUGCUAACAGGGACAUCACAGGCUGAUGUUGCCCUCCUGGUGGUCUCCGCGGCGAAAGGCGAGUACGAGGCCGGCGUAUCCAGAAGUGGUCAGACCAGAGAGCACGCCUUACUGGCUUACACGCUCGGUGUCAAGCAAAUUCUAGUCUGCGUGAACAAGAUGGACCUGACCGAACCACCCUACAGCCACGCACGCUUUAAAGAAGUGGUGCGAGGUGUGAGCGGCUUCCUCAAGAAGAUCGGUUACGACCCCGACGCGGUGCCGUUUGUCCCGGUUUCUGGCUGGCUCGGAGAGAACAUGGUCUCUGCGUCUGAGAAGAUGCCAUGGUUCAAAGGCUGGAGGGUCAGACAAAAGAAAGUUGUUGUACGUGGAAACACUUUACUUGAGGUCCUGGACACUGUCGUUCCCCCGCCCGUGCGCAUAUCAAACAAGCCUCUACGAUUACCUCUGCAGGAUGUCUACAAAAUUGGAGGAGUUGGGACUGUACCAGUGGGCAAGAUUGAAAGCGGUUUCCUCCAGCCUGGCAUGGUCCUGAUGUUCUCUCCUCCCAAGGUCACUGCUGAGGUGAAGUCUAUUGAGAUGCACCAUCAGGGGCUGCAGAGAGCUCUGCCAGGAUACAACGUAGGCUUCAACGUUAAGAAUGUGAAUGUCAAGAACCUGCGGCGUGGAGAUGUGGCUGGAAAUGCCCACCAGGACCCUCCAUCUGUUGUCAGCAGCUUUGAGGCUCAGGUGAUCAUCCUGAACCAUCCAGGGAGAAUCAGAGCCGGCUACUCUCCUGUUGUGGACUGCCACACUGCCCAUGUCACCUGCUGUUUUGCAGAGCUGAAGGAGAAGCUUGACCGCCGCACAGGUCAGAAGCUGGAGGACCAGCCACAGGCAUUGGUGUCUGGAGAUGCUGCUACAAUAAAGCUGGUUCCCAUUAAGCCAAUGUGUGUGGAGAGCUUCUAUACAUACCCGUCCUUAGGUCGCUUUGCAGCCAGAGACAUGAAGCAGACUGUUGCUGUCGGCAUCAUUAAGUCGGUGGAGAGGGGGCGGGAGAGGGAGAAAAGGGUGAAGGAGAAGGGGUCCACAUUGCAACCUAAAGACAAAGUGUCUAAAUGAGCUUUUGGUGACUGUUUUGUUAUUGCUGCUUUGAACACUUGAUUUAAGAUGCCAUUUGUGUUGAUACAAAGUACUUAGUUUGUUGUGUAGUAUUCCUGAGUUGAUAUUGAAUCAAAAAGCAGAAUUGGGUGUUAUGUGAAGCUGUAAAAUAAAGAGUUGCAUGCAGAA